AUGAAAGUGUUGGGGCGAACGGGAUUAAUCGGUGGAAAGGCGGUGGCUGUGAAGAAAAGAAACUUGAAGCUUCGCGCGAAAAUUCAGCUGUCGAAGGCGAACUUCGGUGGAUCUGAAUAUUGUCAAUUGCCUGCUUUCUCGUUGGCUCUUAUUCAGAACGGGGCAUUUGCUUCGAUCUGCUUCAUUCAACCCCCUUGUGCAACCCUCCCCUCCCAGGAAACUCAAAAUAUUGUUCUUUUCCUUUUGAAACUCUUGUCCUUCGUUUCAUUUCUAUAG